GCGUUGCACAUGUGCGUAUUUCAUAGAAAGGCCUCAAACACAGCAGCUAUGGAGGGAGAGAGUUGGUGUUGAUGGUUGAACAAAGUGCCUCUGGACACAUUUCCAACUCUGUCAAUAUGUGGGUAUUAAGAAUUGUGCAUCAGCAGAAGAUGCUGCUUGUCUGGACCAGAAGAUUGCAGACUCCUGUUUUAAUCUCCAGAGUGAGCUCUCAGUCUGCCUCCUAUCAUGUCACAGCUGCUCUCCUGCACCCAGAGGACAGGAGCUUCAACCCUCUGCCAAAGAGACAACGCACAGUGCUCAGUACCCCCGGGGGCCAACCCAAACCUAAUGCAUCUGAUGGACGGUGGGAUCGUGAGAGGUCAGGUCAGAGCAAAGCGUGGAAAAGUGAGAAGCCAGUGCAGCACAAUCAGAGGAAGGGAGACAACAGCAGGGUGUCGUCUGAACUCAGGAAACUGUGUCUGGAUGAUUUCCCUGAGGAGAAGGAGAAACAGAUGCAACAGCAGUCGACACUGGACUCCAAAGCAGAGAGCUACGAGGUUGUGUUUGGCGUCUCUCCCUGUCUCUUUGCUCUGUCUCAGGGUAGAAGGACGGCCCGUAAGCUGUUUGUAAAAGAUGGCGAGGCCUCUCACAGGGCUUCUGUGCUGCAGGUGUGUGAGGUGGCUCAUCAGCGAGGAGUCCAAAUCCAUCGGGUCAGUAGGAAAGAUCUGGACAAGAUGUCUUCUGGGCGACUACAUCAGGGAGUGUGUCUGCAGGCCAGUCCUCUGAGCUACCUCACUGAAGGCAGGGACUCAGCACCCAGCAGAGAAGACCACCGCACCCCUCUCUGGCUUGUCCUGGAGGCAAUUCAGGACCCCAUGAACCUCGGCGCCAUCCUGCGCACUGCCUACUUCCUCGGCGUGGACAGAGUCGCCAGCAGUCUUUCCAACAGCUGUCCGUUGUCCCCAGUGGUCAGCAAGGCCAGCUCAGGCGUCAUGGAGGUGAUGGGCGUGUACGGGUACCAAAACCUGGAAGAAAUGCUGAGGCUGAAGGCGGCACAGGGCUGGCAGGUGGUCGGCACCGUGGGAGCCGAAGCGGAGGAGAUCCAGAUUCCUGUCACCCAGUGUUCAGACUUUCAGAUGACUAAACCCACGUUGUUGUUGAUGGGCGGUGAAGGGGAAGGGUUGUCCCGGGAGCUGCUCUCGCUGUGCCAAACUCUUCUCACCAUCCCAGCCGGCAGAGAGCUGCACCCCGGGGUCGAGUCUCUCAACGUGUCUGUAGCUACAGCCAUCCUGCUGCACUCUCUGCUCGGCUCCAGAUGAUGAAUGUUCAAGGAUUCAGGGGAUGUUUUAUUGUCAUUCACAAGGUUGUCCUUCUUGCUACCUCCAGGAAACUAAAAUGAUUAAUAAUAAGAACUGUCUGUACUUCAACCAAAGAUGCAAGAGAACUGACAACAGAAUCACAUUUAUUAAACUGAUUUGCAAACUUUGGAGGUGGUGUUAAAUGAUGAAGUUAUUCUGUAUUUCUUUUAUUGUCAACAACAACAAUGAAUUGUGUGUUUGAGUAAAGUUUGCUAAAAACUGCCCAGCUGUUUAAGGUUAUUAUUAAGCCAUUGUUAAUGAUGAAACUACAUGUUUGUGAUGUGAAAGAUUUACAUCUUCAGUAGAAACCAGCGAACUUGAGGCUGGAAGAAAAGUUUGAAAGUUUUGUUACAUGAACUCGACAUUUGAUCUUCUAAUUUAAUUUGUUGACAGUAAGAAAAAUAUAGAAUAACAUCAGGUUUGUCCUUUAAAACACUGAUCUGUUGCUCACUUGAAGUAGCUAAUAAUAUAGUUAUGUUAUAUGUCUGCCUGUAUAUUGUGCUAAGUGUUGCUUCGUGGCUACAAAAGUGACAUGAAUUUAAUGAAGAGGUUUAAACUGUUCUGGCUUUUAUUUUGAAUAAAGUAAUACUUGAUUAUAUUAA